CCAGCCGCUCAGUACAAACCUGAAUCAGGCAGAACGUGAAAGUGUUAACUUGUGCUUUUAGGUCUUUGUGUACCAACGGAAGUUUACAAUUUUGUGGUCUUUUUGAGGACACACUAAUUAAUUCAUCCUAGUCACAAAAAAUGGAUGGCCUAAAAAGUGAUUUUCCUGAGCAACUGCCUGAUCUUUCGCUGUGGGAAGGACUCCAAGACGCUCUACGCUUAAGUCCGAAAAGUCGCAGGAAAAAGAAAAGAGAGAACCCGAGCCAAGAAUCGCAAGAAUCGGCCGAUGCAAAAAACACCGAGUCAACCCCUAGCGGAUCAGGCACAAUUAAAUUGGGCAGCCGAGGGGAACACCCGGACGCCUCGAGUAAAUUCCGGUGCGAAAGUUGCGGCAAGUCGUGGAACAGGUACGGCUUUUUCAUCCGACACGUCAAAAGGCAGCACGACAUGGACGAGUUCAUCGCAAAAGUGCAGAAAGGCGCCGAGAGCGGGGCGCAGGCAAAAGUCAAAUGCAAUUUCUGCCGCGGCCAAGUGGCCAAAGCAGACUAUCUGGACCACUUCUGGCGCCGUCACGUGGACCACACACAACCCAAUGGCGCGAAACCAUGUCUGUUCUGCAAAAGGACGCUGGACGGUGUUGAAAAACUCGAGUGUCACUUGCGAGUUUUUCAUUUUACAGAACUCCACGUUGAGCCCACUCAAUUUGGAAUAAACGUGAACAAAGCGCUUUUGUAAAAGUUAUUUAAAUAAAAAUAAUAUUAAUUGAAAGCUUAACACUCAAGGCGAAUUUCAUGUAAAUUUUAACCAGACUCUUCGUUAAAAGGGGAAAAAUAAAAUGACAUCCCUAAAGGUAACCUGU